GAAUGAGGUAACGUUAGAUGACUAGAUGCCGCCAAGAAGCCGUCGAGAAGCGAUUGCUCAUGUCCGAUUCAACAAUACAGCAGCUAAAUCUAAGCGGACACCACCAGCUUCAUAAUGGCCCUACCAAAGAUUGCCGUUUUAGACGACUACCAAAAGUUGUCCGAGAAGCCGUUUGAUAAGCUCCGGGCCGCCGGAUACGAGGUAACCGUCUUCACGGACACGCUCCUUCCUUACAACCACCCCGACACGCCCCAGGAUAUCAAGGAUGCCCUAGCUAGGCGUCUUGAGCCGUUCGGCAUCAUCUCGACGAUGCGGGAGCGCACGCCGUUCCCAGCAGAGCUCGUCGGCCGGCUGCCGAACCUCAAGCUGCUGCUAACAACGGGUAAGCGCAACGCGGCGCUCGACGUGAGGGCCCUCGCGGCGCGCGGGGUGCCCGUGAUCGGCACGGCCGCGCGGCCGGGGCACCGCGAGCCCGACAGCACGACGCAGCACUGCGUGGCGCUGAUCCUCGCGCUCGCGCGCAACGUGCCGCAGGACGACGCGGUGGUCAAGGCCGGCGGGUGGCAGACGACGGCGGCGACGGGGCUCGCGGGCAAGACGCUGGGCGUCGUCGGGCUCGGGCGCCUCGGCGCCUCGGUCGCGCGCAUCAUGCACCUCGCUUUCGGCAUGCGUGUCGUCGCGUGGAGCCCGAACCUGACGCAGGAGAGGGCGGACGAGAGGGCACAGGCGGUCGGCCUGCCGGUCGAGGGCGCUGACGGCAAGACGUUUGCGACGGUGGGCCGCGACGCGCUAUUCGCGACGGCCGACGUGGUGACAGUGCAGCUCGUGCUGUCGGAGCGGUCGCGCGGGCUGAUCACGGCAGCAGACCUGGGGCGGCUCAAGCCCUCGGCACUGUUCGUGAACACGGCGCGCGGGCCGCUCGUGGUGGAGGCAGACCUGCUCGACGUGGCAAGGCGCGGUGCGAUCCGCGGCGUGGCGCUCGACGUAUUCGAGAUCGAGCCCCUGCCGCGCGACAGCGAGUGGGUGACGACGCGGUGGGGUGAGCAGGGCCGCAGCCGCGUCGUCCUGUCACCGCACAUGGGGUACGUCGAGGGCGACACCAUCGCCUCAUGGUACGAGACGCACGUGGAAAACAUACUGCGCUGGGAGAAGGGCGAGGCGCUCGAGGCAGUGUUCGCGGACACGGGGUACUGAACGGAUGAGAGAGUAGCCGGGGUGAUACCAUAUAGCAUUGAUGUGCCCGGCGUAGAGAAUCGAUGCAGAGGCAGCGAUCGAGCAUCCGUGCGCAGAUGGCGUGUACGUACAGACAUGUGUCGGUUGUUAUUCUAGUUGUCUACCCGGCCCAUCGCCGACGACCUGGAGCAAGUUCACAGCCAGGAUCUGGUUCGUCUCCUCGGCUCAUCUCCCGUCCCGUCUCGGGCAUCAUGUACCUGGGCACACGCUUACGUGGCCGAUGAGUGGCCGA